AUGGAUCCCUAUAGCAAUACUCUUUAUAUGUUAGAUGAAGAUUAUUUCAAUCAUGAGGAUCUUAUGAUAGAAGCAAUGGCCGUACAUAGACAACGACAUGCAACUCUCGAAGCAUCUUCUUCACGUCGUCCUAAUUCUCAACCUCAUAUCUUCAUCCGACACAAUCCAUUGGAAGGUCAUGAACGCCUUUGGAAGGAUUACUUUGCUCAACCACCAAUAUAUCUGUCAAACAUUUAUAGGAGGCGAUUUCGAAUGAAUCGUGAUCUUUUUUUACGUAUACAUUCUGCAGUUGAGACUCAAGAUGAUUAUUUUGUCCAAAAGAGAGACGCCAAUGGUAGGCUUGGAUUGUCUUCCCUUCAAAAGAUGACUGCGACAAUUAGGAUGCUCGCAUAUGGGAUAAUAGCAAAUCUUAUGGAUGAGUAUGUAAGAAUUGGAGAAAGUAUUGCACGGUUGAGUAUGAAGAAAUUUGUAAAGGAGAUCGUGUCAAUCUUUGGGGGUGAGUACUUGAGGUCUCCAACCAGCAAUGAUAUAGCAAGGUUACUAGAAGUUGGACAAAGGCGUGGAUUUCCAGGAAUGUUGGGUAGCAUUGAUUGCAUGCACUGGAAAUGGAAGAAUUGUCCUAGUGCUUGGAAAGUAAAAACAAUUCCUGCUCCACAUGGGAAAAAGAAAAAACAUUUUGCUGCUUGCGAGGAGUCUGCAAGGAAAGAUGUGGAACGUGCGUUCGGAGUACUUCAAUCUAGAUUUGCAAUUGUGCGUGGACCUGCAAGGUAUUUCCAACCUGAAGUUCUAAAAGAUAUUAUGUACGCAUGCAUUAUCUUGCACAAUAUGAUUGUUGAAGAUGAACGUCAUCUAUAUCUCGUGGCUGACCAAUUCAAUUAUGAAGCCAAUGAUGAUACUCCAUCCGAGCCAAUUUCACGCGAUAAUAUACCUGAAUUCAUGGAGUUUAUUGCCCAAUAUCAUCGUAUUAGAGAUAGAGGCACUCAUUCUCAACUCCAAGCCGACCUUAUCGAGCACUUAUGGAAUAUGCAUGGCCGAGCAUAA